AUGGAGACGGCCAAGAAAAAAACAGGCUUUUGGACACAGCACGUGGACUCACAGAGUGGGAGGACGUAUUAUUUUAAUAUGGCAAUGGGACGAAGUUACUGGAAGAUACCACCGGAAUUACAGGCUCAAACUAAAAAACCAGCGUUGGAUGUGUUACGUGAGUGGGACCCUGAAGCAGCAGAGCGAAAAUAUGGAGCUGUUAAUGAACAAACAGCUGGAGACGAUGACGAUGAGAUCCGUCGAAAGCGUGAGGAGGCAUUAGCCAAGUCUCGAAUGGAAGCUAUUGAGGCUCAGGUUACAGCAUCAACGAAACUUUCACUGGAGGAGAGAAUGACAUUAGCAGCACAUAAGAGAAAAGCAGUAGAAGUGCAGAACAGCAAUGGUGGUGGUACCCGACAACCUGCUUCUGAAGGUUCCAGUGAGUAUCUGGAAUUAGUGCGUCAACUGCAGCAGAACGAUGACAAUGAAGAAGGAACUGGUGGCAAGUGGCUUGUGAGGUAG